UCAAGCUUGUAGGGGCUGAUGCUCGCAGCAUUUCGUGAGGCAAGCCUUGGCUUGGACAGUUUGGUCCUCCUCGCAGAAGCUAGCUUUUCCUAGAGCCUUGUGGGUGGCGGGGGCAGAUGGUGGCUCAAGAUGCGCCUCGGGCCUUCUAGGAAGGGUCUGUAGGAGAAGGCCCGUCUGGGUUCUCCGCGGCGACGACCUGACCUGUGAGCUGAUUCUUUAGUGACCCAUCAUGGCCCAGCGAGCAGUGUGGCUCGUAAGCCACGAACCGAGAACUCCAGUGUGUGGCACAGUCAGAUUCUCCAGACGGUAUCCAACUGUUGAAAAACGAGCCAAAGUCUUCAAUGGAGCAAGUUAUGUGCCUAUUCCUGAAGAUGGCCCGUUACUUAAAGCCCUGCUCUUUGAACUUGGAUUAUUGGACAAUGAUAAGGACUUCAUGGAGAGUCGUGAUAGCUGUGCACGGAUCAAUAAAACAUCUGUGUUUGGACUUAGGAUAGGCGGUGAUGAACUUUGGCCAGUUGUCGCUUUUUUAAAGAAUGACAUGAUAUAUGCUUCUGUGCCACUAGUUGAACAAGCCUUGUCCCCUCGCCCAUCACUAAUUAACAUUAGUGGAAUUUCACAAGCUUUUGAACUCCUUUUUGGGGUGCAGGAUUUUCUCUGUUCAAGUCAAAAAAAUGACGAUGAACUAAAUACAAAACUGGGCCAGUUACCUGACUUGCUUCUACAGACUUGUCCAUUUGGUACUUUGUUAGAUGCUAACUUACAAAAUUCAUUGGAUAAUAUUAAUGUUGCUUCCAUGACGCAGCCACCAAAACAACCUGCUUGGAAAACUGGAACAUACAAAGGGAAACCACAUAUCUCUAUUUCUAUCAACGAAAAGGUAAAAUCUAUGCAGUAUGAUAAACAGGAUAUAGCAGAUCUGUGGCAGGUCAUUGGAGCUGUAACUUGCAAGUGUGAUUUGGAAGGAAUCAUGCCGAAUGUUACCAUCAGCUUGAGUCUCCCCACCAAUGGAUCUCCUCUGCAGGACAUUCUGGCCCAUCCCUGUGUGACUUCUCUGGAUUCUGCAGUUCUUACAUCGACUAGUAUUGAAGCAACAGAUGAUUCUGCCUUUAGCGGACCUUACAAAUUUCCAUUCACCCCACCUUCAGAGGCAUUCAAUUUAUGCUAUUAUACUUCCCAGGUUCCUGUCCCACCAAUUUUGGGGUUUUAUCAAAUGCAGGAGGAAGAAGUACAACUAAAAAUAACAGUUAAUUUAAAACUUCAUGAAAGUGUGAAAAAUAAUUUUGAAUUCUGUGAAGCUCAUAUACCUUUUUAUAAUAGAGGUCCAAUCACACAUGUGGAAUACAAAGUCAGUUUUGGCCAGCUUGAAGUCUUGCGAGAGAAAAGCUUAUUGAUCUGGACUAUUGGCCAAAAGUUCCCAAAAUCGAUGGCAAUUACUCUUUCUGGAAUUAUAACUUUUGGUGCAAAGAACCCUGAGAAGCAGCCAUUUGACCAAAUUUGCAUUGGUGGCACAGCAUAUGUGAAGCUUCAUUUUAAGAUCUUAGAUUACACACUCACCGGGUGUUACGCAGAUCAGCAUUCAGUUCAAGUGUUUGGAUCAGGAAAGCCAAAAAUAACUACACACAGAAAACUUACUUCUUCUGAUUAUUACAUCUGGAAUUCUAAAGCCCCUGCUCCAAUAGCAUAUGGAUCAUUAUUAUUGUAAUUUUCUCAGGUUUUAUAUAUGACACCAGAGGAGAACUCGAGAUGUGUCCUGGAAGAAUGUCGGGUGCUGUAGCACCUGAUGCCAUCUGUUGCCAUUCCAUCCGAACAUAACACUGCAAAACUAAACCAACUCGCAUUUUCAUCCCAUGGAGAUCAGCUGAGCACGCUUUUGAUUUUGUCUAGAAAUCUGUCACUGCCGGAUAAUUUCUGAGGACAAAGUCUGUUCCCCGUUUGGCAGGUGACCAGUUGAAUGUUUUCCCUGUGUCCGGGGACUCCUUAGUGUAAUUAGCGACCUUUGAACCCCACAACUAAUCCUGAGCUAUUUUGUAUUCCUUACUCAUCUUUAAGGCUGGACCUUUUCUUUUCUUCAGAGUCCGCUGCCACAAUUAAAGAAGAAACAGCUGCAUUUCAAAGGGAUUCCCAUUCCAGAAGCUUAAUCGUGAUUGACACGUUCUUAUUCUAAGCUAUAAGACACUCUAAGAGUCCUUUCGUGGGUUAAAACUUCAAUCAUUUCCUAAAAAAUUAUCUCACUAUGGAUUUUAUUCAUUUUCUUUGAUAACUCUGCUUUGCAUUAUUUAAAAUCGAAAGAUGCUUUGGUUUACAAUGAAUAUGAGCAACUACGCCCAGUGUAAGAUCGGAUGGUGCCAGACCGACUCUAGAUGCAGGGGUGCUAACUUCUUUUUUUGAAGUGCCAAAAUAUGAUUAGGAAGUCUGAAUGUCUAUCAUAUGGGUGAUUAUUGCUGCAAACCCAAAAGGCUAAGCGGGGGUGUGGGGGGGUGAGGUUGACUUUCAGAAAACUCAAGAGAAGGUGGUUGGUUGAAGUCAGCAGCGUAGUAGUAGGCCACACCCUAACAGGGGUAGGUCUUAGCUACUUUCCAAAUAAUCGCUUUGAUAGCCAACUUUACAGUAAAUAACCUUGUCGGAACUUCUUAGCGGCAUUAACUUGCUUAACAAUAUUACUUUGAUUAAACAUGAUUACUCUGUUCCACAAAAUUACUUAACCUUUUCAGUUAAAGAUUACUUUAGGUCACAUCUGUUUAGUGUUUCUAAUCAGUUAAAAUUAUAGUUUAUGUACAUUGCACAAGUGAUUGUCUUUAUAAUACUGACAUGCAUGGUAAAAACUGCCAAUAUUUCCAUUAUAAUUUUUGUUAGGAUAUCAAAAUACAGGCAUUCACAGGCUCGGGCAGCAGUUCUGCGAAGUAGGCAGGUGGGUAGAGUGAUCACCCAGAGCCUCUGCAGGAGCUGCCGCCACCACAGAAUGGUACUUUCUAAGACAAAGGUCAAAAAAAGGAUGUUAAUAAACAGUCCUCAGGUUUAAGGGACUUUUUUAGGAUUACAUCUUAAAUUCCAACAAAUCAGAUUUAGGAGUUCCUGAAAGUGAAAUUGAUCCAUCCCUCAUCCAAACUUUGCAAUACUUUCCUGUUCUGACAUCAUUUAGAUAGUUAGCUGUAUUAUCAGAUUAGAAACCAUUGUACCAGACUGCUGAAAGGAAAGGGAGGCAAAAAGCUAAACAGGGGAUGAAUUCUGAACCUUUUAACCUGGCUGAAGUACGUUGGUCCCUGUUAUGCAAAUAGCUUCAAUCCUCCGCUAAGUUCAGUGGAAAUAAUUUUCUUGAAUGACAGGUUUAUUCAGCAAGGAUUCAGUUGGUGAUUAAUCCCCCUUUGAUCUAGGGUAUUUCACUUAACGACCAGUUCCCUCGUUCUGACAAAGUGCAACUGAGAUUAGGGAGAUCACUAGAACACUAGCAGGGUGUGCGUCUAUUCUGUAGACCCUUUGAAAGCAAGGGCAAAGAAUGCAAUUUAUUUUCAGUAUUUGCAGAUGUAAAGUCCUUUCUGCUAAGUUAGAAAGUCAACUGAAUACCAAAUGUAGUUUAUUUCUUACGUAAUAGAGCAAACAUCACUUUUUGCUCCGCCUCACAAUGGUUAUAGGAAACAUGGGCUUUGAAGAAAAAAGAAACAAAGACUACAUUCUAAAUAUAGCUUCUCUCUUUGUUUCAUGUACAAGAGUGUACACUUCUGGGCCCCGAGGUAACCCACAAAUCAAAUCAUGCAGUGAGCAUGGCCACGGAGGCUGAGGGAAAUGCUUGUGUCUCAGGAACUGCAUGAGCCAUCUCCCACCCCAUUCAAAAAGCCAUGCUCUGUGGAUAAGAAACCCAGUUGGGAAAAAUGUAAUAACACAAUUAUUCAUGUAAGAUUUCUGAUUUUGAAGUUUCAUUUGUUAGCUUUGCCGAUCCUUGAAGAAAGGAAGUUUUGUUAAGUUCCAGUUGUUAAUUCAUUUACUUUCAGGAUGAGGUGUUUUGUGCCCCUGUGUGCCCCCACCCCUUUCUUUUAUGAAAGAUAAAUUGUACCAUUGCUGAAAUUCUUGAAAUUUCAGUAACUUUUUUUUGCAUUAUCAAAAUAACUAUUUUUCUAGAUUCCUAUUUUCUCAUUAAUCUGGGCAACCUCUUCCAUUUAAACUUUAAUAUGUACUAUGGAUAUAUUUUGCACAAUAUAUUGAAGGGGGAAAAAAAUCAAUGUUUUUGUUCCUGGCUAGAUUUCUCAGAUAAUUUGCUUAUAAAAACUUAACUAAUACCAUUGUAAGUGUCUUACCUUAUAAGAUUUCAAAUUGGAUUUGUUCCUAAAGUAUAUGUUAGGAAAACAUAAAGCUUCAGUUUUUAUUAAGGAUUAGUGUUUUUGUACUUUAGCCCAAACAGUUUAAGUGCUUUAUAGUUGUUAAUGAGUCAGUUUGAAAUUUGCUUUUAGAUUUUUUUUCUUAUACUAUUUUUUUCCUCUCAAACUUCUUGUGAUCUAAUUGAUAAAUUGAAAUAGUGGCUCAAAUAAGUACAUCUCUAAUUUAUGUUGAUGCUAAUCCAACCUUUCUAGUUUCAGUUAAAAAAUGAAACAAUUCAUAAAUAUCUUUUGAUAGCAUAAAAAAACAACAACAAAAUUGAGGAUCAGAACUAUAUCAGACCAGGUAUGGAGGACAGGAUACAAUAUUUAUAUUAUAGCUGUUGCUAAGUAACUCAUGGUUUCAGUACUCCAUUCAGUAAAUAAUCAAUAAAAUAUUAUAGUAUAUUUUAGAGCGUACAAUGAGAAUGUUUAUAUAAAACAUUUGUUUGUAUACAUGCAGCACAUGUUAGUGUAUCUGACUUGGUUGAUGUCCCUUACAACAUUUUAGUAUAUCAGAGGAAGAAGAAUAUUUGAAAGUUAAAAAUAUAAAUAGCUCCCUCCCAAAAGCAGUGUUAAUAAUUAACAACCUGUAACAGAAUGAUUCAUUAAAGUGGAAAUUGCCCAAGAAUUCAUGAAGGUAGUCUUACAGAAUGUUUAAUACUCUCAUAAUCUGACAGCUUGUCAACUAUUUUUAAAUUUUAUGGAUGUGAUAAUAUUGUCAUAUGUAGCCUGGGACAGUCGAUGUCAUAUUUAUAUCACAAAUUGACUGCCUUAGAAGCAGCUUGCUUUCUUUAAGGCCCUGACUGGUCUGUGUAAUUGAUUGCAGUAUGAUGGUAAUGGAUCAAUGCAGAAACAUUUACAGACUGGUACAUCCCUAAAGAUGUAAACUACCUGCUGAACUGCUUUUCCAUGAGGUCCUGUAAAUGUGGAUAUCCAAUAAUUCAUUAAACAUCUAAAGUCAAAAUGUAUGUGUCCUUUAAAUCGCUUCCUUUAAAUUGUACUUUCUGUGAAAAGUUGUUAAUUUCUGUUCUUGAAAACGUUUACUUUCUCCUUCAAGGGUCUUGAGUGCCCUCUGCAGGUUGAAAGGAGAAUAAUAAAUUGUUUUAAAACCCU